AUGAUCGACGGCGGAAAUGUGUACCGCGUGUUCUGCGCCAUCGUGCCGCUGUACGUGGGCAUCGGCUCGGGCUUCCUGUCGGUGCGCGUGUUCAAGAUCCUCUCGCCCGACCAGUGCGCGGGAGUCAACCGCUACAUCGCCUUCAUCGCUCUCCCCUCGCUCGUCUUCCAGGUGGGUUUUGUCUCACAUCCAUGCGCAAACAUGGACAUGUGCGAGAUGGACUUUUACGAAACUCUUCAUGCUGGUGGCGGUCGUGGUGUGCUUCCUGCAGCUGCGAGUGGCCGCCAGGCACCUCGCCGUGCAGUGCACACGUUCCUUCUGCUUAUCCAAUCCGACCUUCCUCAUCAAACCUCUGUUUCUUCCCGGGUUUCAACCCCCAUCCCUGGCCCCCAUCAGACCACAGCCAAGACGGACAUGUUCAAGAUGAACUUCCAGUUUCUGGGCGCGGAUUCCACAGCCAAGCUCUUCGUGCUGACCACAGCCAAGACGGACAUGUUCAAGAUGAACUUCCAGUUUCUGGGCGCGGACUCCACAGCUAAGCUCUUCGUACUCGUGGUGGUGCUGCUCUUCCUGCUGCUGCGAGUGGCUGCCAAGCACCUCGCCGUGCACAGGGCCUUCCUCUGGUCCGCGUCCCUGUUCAUGCUCGUCUCCAUGCCCAACACGCUCAUCAUCGGUGCGUGCUUGUUUCUAGAUAAUGCCUCUAUUCCCUCCUCUCUUCCAUUCCUUCCUCUGGUCCGCCUCGCUCGUCAUGCUCGUCUCCAUGCCCAACACCCUUAUCAUUGGUCCGUUGCCCUUGCUCUCCUGCUGUGCCCAACACCCCUGAGGCCUCAUUCAUGGCGCAACAGAGUGACUUUUGAGUCGACUCAAAAGUCACCCCUGAGGCCUCAUUCAUGGCGCAACAGAGUGACUUUUGAGUCGACUCAAAAGUCACCCCUGAGGCCUCAUUCAUGGCGCAACAGAGUGUGGAGCGGCAGUGUGAUGCUCAGCAGAAGCCGCCGCUUCCUCGUUUUCCCUACACAUUCCCUUUCCCCCCCCCCCCCCCGCCUGCUGUCGCUGCUGUCAGCCAUGUAUGGGGACGAGGCUGGAUGCCUCAUACAUGGCUGGCAGCAGUGA